GUUGACAUCACUGUCUCCACCAUCAUCAUGGAUGAAGCGCGUCAAGCAUCGCGUUUGAAGCUGCCAUCGAGAGAUCGUACGUGGCAUACCCGUCAGUGAUAAAAAGGGAUGGUCGCCAUAUCAGCACUCCUCCACCUUAAAAGUACUACUUCGUCCCAAUUAAGCACUCACUUUCAAACUUAAUUACUCCGAGGCUGUCACCCAUCUUCAUCAAACCUACCAUUUAUAGAACAUCAUCUCUACCAAUCCAGAUCUCUUCAUCAAGAUGGCCACAAGCAUCUUCCGCGCCACCAGGCUGAGCAACGCCUCGCGCUCCGCUGCACCAAUUUCUUUCAGAAUCUAUGACAACCGCACGUUCGUCUCUACUGCGCGCACAAUGGCCGCAACAGUCGACUCAGACUUCAUCUCGCGCAUCACUAUAUCAGAGAAGGAGCUCACAAAUCAUGACGAGCCCGUCCCAGGCGGCCCAACAGCACAAGCACAGAAGCAUGCCAACCAGCCGCUCACCAGGGACGUCGUCCACGACAUCACAAUGGGUGAGCGCAAGAUCACUCAGCGUGAAGGCCCCGUAUCUAGAGGUCCGACCUCCAUUGCGCAGUCGAUCCUAUCCGCAACGGGUGGAACAAGGAAUAACAAUGCAUCGCCCUCUUCGAAUGCGAGUAACGCAACUGGUGCGACAACAAGCAACAGCGCAUCUGGCUCAACACGUGGCAACCAUGGACCCGGUAUCCUAGACAGCGAGACAAUCUCUAAGAUCACGGAGAAGGAGAAGCAGAUUACGGGACAGGAUGACCCGGUUAGGAGGGGCCCAACUGCGCAGGCGCAGAAGCACUUUGGUGAGCCGAUCACGAGCGAGGCUUUGCAUGAUAUCACAGAGGGAGAGAAGAAUAUCACAGGUGGGGAGAGGGUCAAGGGUGGUCCGACGAGCGCGGCGCAAAGCGAGCUUGCGAAGAGCAGGCAGUAGGCUGUAAGGCGAGCUGUACGAGUGGAUGUAUAAUUCUAGACA